AUGGUGAGGAUCAACAAUUACAAUGUGCGGAGAGUGCUUCUAGAUCAGGGUAGUUCUGCGAAUAUCAUCUAUGGCGACGCAUUGGAUCAAUUGGUGUUAACAGAUCAAGACCUGAUGCCAUAUUCUGGGACUUUGGUAGGUUUUUCGGGGGAACAAGUUUGGGAACGCGACUACUUGGAUUUGAACACAAUUUUUGGCGUUGAUGAGAACGCGAAGCUCUUGCGAGUAAGGUAUUUGGUUUUGCAGGUAGUCGCGUCGUAUAAUGUCAUCAUUGGUCGAAACACGCUGAACCGCCUCUGUGCGGUAAUAUCGACAGCCCACCUGGCGGUGAAAUACCCGCUGACCUGCGGGAAGGUAGGAAAGAUCGCGGUAGACCAUCGUCGGGCGAGGGAAUGCUAUAAAAACUGCUUGAGCUUGUAUGGUAAGAAGGGAGCUGGCGCCGGGCAUAGAUGUCACAAGAUUGAGAUUUUGGAAGGCGAUCAGGAUCAGCGAAGUGUCUAA